AUGACUGGUGAGAUUGAAAAUGGAGAUUUGGCGAUUCGAGAUGUUGCUGACCUUCUCCAAUCACAGUAUGCUAUUAUAGCAGGAGGAAAAACGCGAGAAGGUUGUCCUAUAAUUACUUUUCCUGAUAAUGGUAAUUUUCAUAACUUAUCUGACUUGGAUUAUCAACGUCUCAUGCUGUAUCUUACUUCUGUGCCAACAUUACAAGAAGCUGAUCUUGGUUUUCAUUUAAUAAUAGAUAGAAGAAACGAUAAGUGGAAUUCUGUAAAAACAGUGUUAUUAAAGAUCUCUGGUUUUUUUCCUGGACUAGUCCACAUAGCAUAUGUUCUACGUCCAGCUGGAUUUUUGCAAAAAGCUAUCUCUGAAGUCACUAAUAAAUUUUUUCGGGAGGACUUUAAAUUUAGAGUUAUAUUUUUAGCAAAUAUUACAGAACUUCAUGAGUUUAUGGAUAAAGACCAGCUGACUGAGCAACUUGGCGGUACUUUACCAUAUUGCCAUCAUACUUGGAUACAAAACAGAAUUAGUUUAGAAAAAUUUUCAUCAAUGACACAAGACGUGUCUCUCGCACUGGACUCUUUUACACGGCGCCUAGCCGAAAUUGAAUUUCCUAACAAUACUGUUGCAACCACAUCUCUACUGUCUCAGCAACAAGUUGAGUAUAAUGAAUUAAAAGAAGAAAUCCUUAGUGCUGCGAGACAUGGUGAAGCGCUGUUGGAUAGUGUAAGACAAUUAACUGGCAAGGGAACAGCUGAUAGACUAGGAAAUGUUGCGGCAAUAGAAAGAUUGCUUGUUCAACUGGAAGAAACAGAACGUACUUUCGACUUGUUUUGGUCGCAUCAUAGUUCUCGUUUGAGACACUGCCUAGCUUUGAGACAAUUCGAAGCUGACUUUAGAGAAUUACAAGCAACAUUGGACCAACAUUUAAAGACCAUAGAAGACAUGAUGGAAGUGGGAGAAACCCAAGCACGAGUUGAACAACUGCUAUGCGACACAUCAGCAUUUCAAAAAAUAUGUAGAUCCUAUUUGUUGCAUACCAUGUGGAUUUGGGUCUUGGGAGAUAUAGAACGAGCAGAGGAGGUGAUAUCAGCUGGCCAGCAACUAUUGUCUGGAAGGCAUCAGUGCCCUACAGAUGUCGUAGAGCCUAAGUGUGUGGAAUUACAGAGAAUCUGUACCAUUCUAAGUCAAAGAUUGGAAAGGCGAUUACACAUGUUGACUAAGUGUAGAGAACUUAUGGAACGAAUAGAUAAGGCAAACACGUGGUGUACACGUGGAAUCGAGUUAUUAGCAUCACAGAAUAACACAACACCGCCUGACCAAGCGCUUCAAGAGUUACAAGAGUUAAUAGAAGCCGCGGAAGAAUUCCAUCAUCCAAGAUGUAUUUUCCAAGAUUCUGUAAUGCCAGAAACUAAGGCUCUCAUUACCCAAGUUUUACAAAGAAUAGAAGAUGUGUCCUUAAUGUGUGAUAAAAGAAUAAUGACGUUGAAACAACAACUAAUUAAACCAACAAGGCCGGUUCAGACUGUAACCCCCGAACCUGUUAAGCCAAUGCAAUCACUGCCUCAAAUAGUGAAGCCUGGAAGAAUUCUAAAGAAAGCUAAUACAAUGCCAAAGGUAAAUAAUUACUUCAUUCAAUCAAUAUAG